AUGUCGUGCCCAAGUCCCAGCCUCCCUCUCAACACAGAGGGAGAGAAACAGAGAGUGAGAGGAAGAACACCCAAAGAGGAGGAACAAACCAAACAAAAGGGCUUGGUUCUUUGGGUGACGCUUCUCAGAGGAAACGAUAUCGUCGUUGGGAAAGUGAUUCUUCCACUGCUUUGCUCCCAAAAAUCGAUCUUUUCAAAAGGAACCGGAGCUUAG